AUGGGUUGUAAAAUGAUGAUGUUUACAAUAUCCUCAUUAAGAUCAACUAUAAUGAUGUUUGGUGAUGCAAUUCUCAAAGAUUUGGUUGGCUGGGCAGGAUUAAUAAAUAUUUGUUGGGUUAAUCAAACAAUGAAAUUCGCUUUCGCUUUAAUUGCUUUAAUCUUUGUUUCAUCCGCUUUGGCUCAAAGCCCAAAUUUCUACGGAACUUUCGAUUGGAAGAAUGUUUUCGAGGGAUCCGAAAACAACAUCACUGGUUCAAUUAAUUCCUCCAUCAUUACAGGUGUCGACCAAUACACACUCACAUACAAUAUUGUCUUAAAUGGAUUGAAUGCCACCAACAAUGAAACUGUAGCCAAUGUCACUGCUUUGGGUCCAGCCCCAGCUGGUACCAACCCUGAUCACCAACUUUUCACUUUGCCAUUGAACAUUUCAACUGCCACCGUCACUGAAACCAGCUUCUCCAUUGACAGCUCUGUCAUCGUUACCAAGGUUGACAACCAAGAUCUCUGGACCACCAUUAACGCUUCACUCGACAGUAUGCUCAAACCAAAUCUCCCAUCAACUUUGUACGUUGAAGUUUACAAUGCAAACAACUCUGCCAUCACCCGUGCUCAAUUGGCCUAUCAAGCACCAACUCCAACCACCACUGGAAACGCUACCGGAGACUCUACUUCAACCACUGGAACUUCAACUACCGGAACUUCAACCACCGGAACUUCAACCACCGGACCAUCAACCACUGGAAACUCUACCACCGGAACUCCAACCACCACUGGUACCACUGGAACUCCAUCCACCACCGCUGGAAACACUACUACUUCUUCCACUACUGGUGAAGAUUCAUCAAGUGCCUCGACCCUCACUGUUGGUCUCGUUGCUUUGUUGACCCUCGCUGUAUUUGCCUUCUAA